AUGGAAACAGUGCUUUAAGAGAGUAUUCUUGCAUUAACAUUUAAUCAUGAGAGAAGUAGUAUAAUAUACUUGGCAUAACCAAGUUUUUAAGGUGAGAAUCCAAUAAAUGAAUUGAUUGAAUUAGAUUUACACAAUCAGACUGUAUUGGAGAGGUAAAAAAUAAUAGAAAUAUAUAUAGAUACAUAAUAUCUAAGUAAUUACCAAAUUAGCCUCCUUUUAUGUUGAUUACAUCAAAAAGGAAGGGAUAUUUAAUAUUGGCAUUUCAGCCAUCUUUAAUGGAGAUAUGGUAAUUAGGAAAUAGUGCGUAAGGAUUUAAUUAAUCAAUUUGGUCAGGGGAGACAAAGGGAAGAAGUGGAUAUGAAAUAUAGCAUGCUGAUGUGAGCAAUUUGGAUGUAAGUUUUGCAUAUAACAACUUAAAAAGGGUAUUCUAUUCUUCAGUGCUAUGGAUUAAAGAAAUAUAUAUUGUGCGAAUAUAGAUGAUACAAUUUAAUCAAAUAGUCUAGAAUUGAAUUUAAGUAAAUUGAGAUUACCUGAACGAGUAAAUGUAAACGAUUUGAAAUGUCAUCCUACUGAUUAUAAAAUAUGUAGUGCAUGUUCAGAUGGAUUUGUAAGAGUAUGGAAUUAAACAACACAGACUUAAUUAAAUAGUAUAUAGGAUGAAAAUAAUAUUAUUAUAUCCCUGGCAUUCUAGUAAGAUGGUUAGAAAUUGUUAUGUGGUUCUGAUAAUGGAAAAGUAUCCUAUAUAAAUUAUAUUCAUAGAUUUUAUGUUAUGAUGCUAAAUCUUUAGGAGAUAGAAAUAUAUUAUUAGCUAUAUAUUAAUUAGAACAAAAUCAUAAUAAUGGUUUAUUAUGUUUGCAUUGGGCUAAUUAUAAUGGAGCUAUCAAUUGUAAUUAAUUUCUAGCAUAUCUUUAUGAUGGCAGUAUCAAAUUAUUAAAUAUUAAAUUACUUGUCCCUUAAGAUAUGAUUCGAGAUUAGAAAAUAUCUAAAUCCAAGAAAUAAGAACUUUUUGGUAGUAUCAAAGAAAUCUAGAAUCUAUUAGUUAUUAAAAAUGAUCUUAAAUAUAAUGCUUAAAGAUAAUAACCUAAUAUUGGAUUAUCUAAAUUUAUUUAAAUUCACCCGUAUGCUAAUUUUAUUAGUUUAAAUUCAAUUAAAACUUUACCUGAUUAAACACUUUAAAGUUAGAUAUUUUAUUAAUAUAAAACCUAAAUAAUUCUUUUAAAUGAUAAUACUAAUCUCUUAGCUGAAUAUCCUGUUAGUUCUCAAUAAUAUUAAUAUUCAUUUCAAGAACUAUUUCCAGAUGAAAAAAAUAGAAUACUAACCUAAAGGUAUCUCUAUUAUAUUGAUUAACAUACUAUGGAAAUUAAAUAAUAUUGUUUAGCUAAAGGAAUGUUGAAAUCUAUUGCAAAUUUAAAGUAAAUGAUUUUAGUUGAAAAUCCAAUCUUCUAUUCAUUAAGUAUUAGACCAAAUUCUCUUAAAUAUGCUCAAAGAACUCAAUUUCUUUUAAGUUAUAAAAUAGAAACUACUUAUAGAUGUUGCACAGUAAUGUCUAAUGAAGGAGUUUUAUCAGAUAUUUUAAAGGAAUAUCCUGCUAGAUUUUCAAUGUUUUUAGGAUAAGAAUCUUGGGCAAAUCCUCCAUUAUUUUUACUUUAUGAGGAUAGAUCAAGUUAUAGUAUUAUAUUUGAAGAUUCCUUACCUUAAGAGGAAGAUAUGUUAAAAUUAUUAAAUAAAUAAGACAAAGAUAAAUUACAAAACUAAAUGAAAUAAUCAUUAAAUUUAAAAGUGCAAAGAAUGUUUUGGACUCCUUUAAGAUCUGGUUUUGUUGUAAUUUAUUAACCAAUGAAUGAAAAUAUAUUGAAGUUUAGUAGAAACAGAAAUGCUGAAAAUAAUCUAUUAGAUUUAUUAAUGUAAAGUGGAAUUGAAAUGAGUUUCAAAUUUGGGACUGAUGAAUAAUUAACAGAUUUAGUUUGGUAGAAAGAUUAAAAUAUAGCAGCAGUAGUUACUAUUCAUAAUGUUUAUAUUGUUGAUGAUAGUCUAAAUACUCUUAAAUUGAUUUCACUUUAACCUUAAGUUAAUAAAAAGUAAUUUAAAUCUAAUAAAAUUAGAAAUCGAAUUUUACUUACUUAUUGGAUGGCUUAGACACUUAUCUUAUAAACCAAAUUUCAUAUUCUUUAUGUUUUAUUAAAUGGGACUUGUGCUUCCAUAUAAUCAAUUGAUAAUUACGAAGAAAAGAAUGUACUUUCAGCUUUGUUAUGGGAUAGAAUGAUUUUACUAUGUUAGAGGUAACAUUUAUUAGUAUAGUAUUAGUCAUUCCAAAAAAUAAAAUAAUAUUGAAAUAAAAACUAAAUUUAUCAAUAUUCUAUAACCUGUUUUAUAAGGACAUAUACAUAAUAAACGAUUCUUUAAUUAAAUUGUAGAUGAAUCAACUAUUACUAAAUUAUUAUUGACUUUUGCAAAUCCAAAUAUUGAUUAUUCCCUAAUUAAAGAUUUAGAAUAGUAAAAAUAUAAUAUUAUAAUAAAGAUUUGUAUCUUGUGCUAAAUUUAUAAUUUAACUAGAUGAUUGUAAUUAAUUUACAAAACAUCAAAAAGCUAAAUAUUUCAUGAAUACAUUAGAUCAUGAGAAUUUAAGUGAAACUCUCUUUGGAGGUGGAGGCAUAAUUAAUAAUGAAGAUUUAUAAUAACAACUUAUUAAAAAAAUUAAAGACAGAAGAUUUGAAUAUUUUUAAGUCCUACUUGAAUAAGCAAAGUAAUUCUAUCUUAUGACAUUUUAAUAUAAAAUAGCUGCUGAGAUAGAUGCUAUUCUUAAUAAAUAACCAAAUUUUAUUCUAUAAAUUUUAAAGAAAUAGAAAUAGAUAAAUAAUAUUGAUGAAUAUUUAACUAAAGAGUAUACUAAUAAUGACGAAGCAAUCUAAUUAGCACAUAAAGUUUAAAAUUAAGGAAAUCUAUUCUUUAGAGAUAACAUCAAGUAAUUGAUUGAAUUAUUAACAUAAUAAUAAGAACAAAUAAAAAAUAAUUAAGAUAUGUAAAAUAUGUUACCAUCUCAUUAUUUUACAGAUUAUUUAUUAGAGAAGUUAAAAUAAAUAUAAAAUAUGAAAUCUUUACAUAAUAAAGUAGAAUUUGGAAAGGAUAAAUUCAAUUUAAUAUAUGAGGAUAUUAGAAAUGAGGAAGAUGAUGAAGAAUCAGUUGUUGAUAAUAAAGUUAUUAGAUUAUUUGAUAGAUUAACUUAUGAUUCUAUUGGUUUCUUUUUAGGUGUAGGUGGAUAACCUUAAUCUCAUUAAGAUAAUAAAAUGUUUGAUGGAAAAAAUGAUGAUGAAAAGUAAAGAUAAGAUUAAUAAUAUGAUUUUAAUGAAAAUGAUACUAAAGAAUUUUAAGAACUUUUAAUCUAUUGGAGAAUUGAUGAAGGAAAAGGUAAUAAAAUAGGAGAUUAUGGAAAUUAUAAUUGUGUUGGUGAUAUAUAUGUAAAUAAGGAAAUUAGUUCAGAAACAGAACAUUUAUGGGAAAAAUUAGAAGAAAGUGAUCCAAUGGAUAUUUAAGAUUUAUGGGGAAAUUAUUGUAGUGCUUAAUAAGGAUUUGAAUUAGGUCCUUAGGCAGGUAUAUAAACAAGAAAAAAGAAUUAUUGGAAAAAGAAUAAAUUAUCAGAUUUUACAAUUGAAAUGUGGAUUAAACCAUUACAAUCAUCUGGAUAGAUAUUAUAAGUAGAUUAAAAUUUUAUUCUUAAUAUAAAUGAAUUGAAUAUUGAAGUUAUUAUUGAUGGUUAAAUAGUUUAAUUUAAUCUAGAUGAAAAUGAUGAAUAUAAUCCUAUUAAUUAACCAUAAGUGAAAUUAAAUUUUUGGAAUCAUAUUUGUUUAUCUUAUGAAUAAUCAGCAAGUGUUUUAUAUUUAUAUAUUGCAGCUAAAUAUUAGUUUAGUUGUUAGGAACUUGAAAUUUCUCAUGAUCUUUUUAAAAAUAAAAAUUUAAUCUUAGGAUAAACUACUCAAGAACCUAAUGUUAAAUAUAAUGUAAUUAAAUGUAUGAUAACAGAAUUUAGAUUUUGGAAAUAAAAGUUUUAACUUAAAGAAGUUCGAGAUGGUUAUAGAUAACCUUUACCUAUAGUUCAUGAGAAAUAAAAAGAAAUUAAAAUUGAUAUCAAAUAGGAUUCUAAACCUAAACCUACUACUGGAUUAAAUGCAUUUUAAGGAUUGAAAUUAGAUUUUGCUUUAGAAUCUAUAGAAGAAAAACCAAUUAAAUAAAUACAAAUAUAAUAAGAAGAUGAUGGAUAAGGAACUACAUAAAUUGAAUAAGCAAACUCUGAUUUUGGUUGGUUUGGAGGAUCAUAACCAAAUUAAAUAUCAAAUAAUAAUAAUUUUGAAUUUGAUAGUAACUUUAAUGCUUUUGCUUAAGCUGCUGUUUCUUAAGUUAAAUAAGGAGAAUGGGGGAAUGAUUUUGGUGAAUUUGCAAGUUUUGAAUAAACUUAAGCAAAAUCAAAAACUAAUAAUGAAUUUUCAUCUUUUUCAAAUGAUAAUACUAAAACUCAUUAAUUAGAACCUCAAUAAAAACAAAAAAAUAAAGAAGAACCAAAAUAAUUAUAAUAGUAAAAAUCUAAACAAGAUUAACCAAAUGUUUAAUAAUAAUAAGUUUAAUUAUAAUAAGAUAAAGCAUAAUUAAAUUAAUAAUAAAUUCCUUAAAAAAAUUCAAUAUAAGAAAUUCAACAAAUUGUUGAUUAGGCUGUUAAAUAGUUUGGUUUAAAAUAAACCAAAGAAGGAGUUGAGAAUCUAUAAAAAGCUUUUUAAAAAUUAAAUGAUUAUUUAUAAGGAAAUAAAGAAAAACUAUAAAGAGUAUAAAAAUUAUUUUAUAAAUUUAGAUUUAAAAAUUCAUAGUUCAUUGUGCUCAAUAUAGAUUUGCUUUUUAAUUACUAAUUGGGAUUAACUAAAUGCAUGAGAAAGGUAAUUUUAAAAAAGAAAUUUAUAUGCAUUUAAUUUUGAUUCAUUAAAAUAUCAUUCCAAGUCAUAAACUUCAUUGGAUUAUUUAAUCAAUAUUUAUUUGUAUUGAAUAUGAAAAUACAGCUCUUGCAGAAACAUUAUUAAAUUAAUUAAAGUAGAGUUUAGAUAAGGUAAAAUUGACAGAGGAGGAUAAUUAAUUACUUAAAGAUUGCGAAUAAAAAUUAUCAAAACUUUAAGAUAAAAAGAAUUCUGGAUUAUAUAAAUUGACAUGUCCAUAUUGUAAAAGUCAUUUUCCAUUUAAAGGAAUAAAAAAAUGCAAUAAAUGUAAUAAAGACUUCUUUAUAUGCUAAUUUAAAUUGCUUUGCAUUUCCAAAGUUGAUUGUCUAAGAUGUAAGGCUUGUGAAUCUGUUUUCAGUAAAGAAUCAGUAUAAGUUGGUUAAAAAUGCCCAUAUUGUCAUCUUGAUGCUUUGAUAGUGCCUGGAGCUUGAUUUUGAUUAUUUUAUUCAUUAUAUGAUGAUUC